AUGAGCGGAUCGGCGUCUCGCCACUUCCGCUCCGCCGCAGGGGCACUGCGGCAGUGCCUUAGACGAACAAACGGCUCCUCAUCCGCGCCUCGCCCGACUCCUGUCCCCGCUAGCGCGGUCCUCGCUUCCACACAUGGCGCUCAUGAGCCCAGCAUUUGCUGUAAUACUAUCGAUCCCGCCCUCACCAGAACGAGCUCCUCCAUUGGUCGCGGGUUUAGCGUCGGCGAUGCAUCUCCCGGUGACACGUGGCACCGAUCUAUCGGUUCAUUCAAUCAUGGAUUAACACCACAGUAUCCUGACUUUCCCGCAGCAUUCGCCGCUCGAGCCGUAUCAUACUCCACGUUUCACUCAACUCCCGCUGCAGCUGCGGCUGCUGCUGCUGCUGACGUGGCAGCGAGCGGAACGAGCGGGGAGAAGGCGCAGCCGCCGGCUUCCACGCUGCUUCCGACGUCCGGCGCUCCGGUGGUGUCGCCGCUCGUUACAGGCACGUCGCCGCUGUCGCCCGCAUCGCCCACUGGUCGCACGGUUCGCGCCGUUCUCGCAGGGCUCAAACAGGGUCCCAAGAAGGUGAAUCUCGUAGCGGCCAUUGUGCGGGGGAUGACGCCAGACGAUGCGCUCAUGCAGAUGGCAGUCAGCACCAAGCGCGCUGCUAAAACCGUUGCUAAGGUCGUCACAGCAGCCAAGGCCAACGCAGUGCAUAACCAUGGGCUGGAGGAGAAGAAGCUCAUCAUUGCGGAGGCGUAUGUAGGCAAAGGGCGGUAUCUGAAGCGGCUGAACCCGCAUGGGAGGGGGCGGUCGGGAGUGAAGCACCGCUACCGAAGCCGCCUCACCGUGGUGGUCCGGGAGAUGAGCGGCCCUGAGGAGGAGCGCGUGGAAAAGCAGAGGGCUGCUGCGGCCAAUCACAGGUGGUUGCGGCGCGUGCAGAGGAAGCGAGGCCAGAUUGUGCCGCAUAAGGUGGUGGAGGUGGGGAGGAGAAAGGAGGAGGAAAGUGGGGCUGCUUGA